CCUUUUCCGCUUCCGUCGCGGCCGCCGAAUCCUCCUUCAGCUCCACCGGGCCUGUCCCCACGCCGUGCCCCUUCGUGCCGCCCGCGGGUAGCGGGAGGAUCCUCGGGGAGGACGCGAUGGAGGUGAAAGAUGCAAAUGCUGCAUUGCUGAGUAACUUUGAGGUGUACCAGUUACUUACUGAUCUCAAGCAGCAGCGUAAAGAGAGUGGCAAAACCAAGCAGAGCUCUGGGCAGCAGAACCUGAACACAAUCAUGUAUGAGACACUGAAGUACAUUUCAAAAACACCCUGCAGGUACCAGAGUCCUGAGACUGUCAGGGAGUUCCUGGUAGCAAUGAAAGACCAUAAAUUAACCAAGGCAGAGAAGCUGCAGCUGCUGAACCACAGGCCGGUGACUGCAGUGGAAAUCCAGCUGAUGGUGGAAGAAAGCGAGGAGAGGCUGACAGAGGAGGAGAUCGAGUCCCUCCUGCAGACAGUCACCACCAUCCUGCCAGGGGAUCCCGAGGAGCAGCAGAGAGACUCAGCAACGGCAGCACAAGACAAAGGUGACCAGGCAUAGGAGGCAGCGCUUCCAGAAGAGAGCCAGCUGCUGUUAGUCUGGGUUUGAUACCGGUUCAAUCCUGUAGUAAACAUAACUGUAAAAUAUAUUCCAUUUUUUUUAUGAUUUGGAGGUGAUGAGGGAACCAAUUGUUCCCAAGCAAGAAGGGAAAAGGACACUAUUGUUUGGGUGUUUUGUCCUAAACAGGGGGGGCAGUGCCAGAGUUUGCAUUGGAGCAGCCUGAGGAGUGCUGGGGCUCAGCAUCUUUUGGGCAGUGCUGCAAUGAGAAUUCCUUUCAGAAGCUUUGGAGUUGCCCAAAUGGCUUCCAGAGCAGUGCAAAGCCAAUUUUGGGGCUGUUUUAGGGGUUUUCAGGGGCUCCUUGGGCUCUGGCCAGGCACUCCCAAACCCUGGCAUCAUGGAAUGGGGAGGAUCUGUGGGAAGGCAACUCAAGGAUGUCUGAUAAAUAAAAUAAAAGAGAUCCAGAUUCAGCAGAUUGCACUGAAACCAGAGAGCUGGGGGGGUUGAAGCUGUGAAAUCAAAGCUGGGAGUGCCCUAACAGCAGAAUACUGAGGUGUCUCUUUGCCCUCUGAACAUUUAUUCCAAUAUUUACACACAGACUCCUGUGAUGGAGGAAUAAAUGAGGCAACACUGAGCUCUUGAUCUGGUUUGGUGAAAUGAGAGUCAGGCGUGGAUGAUGCAGAAUUUCCUGAGCUUUUUUUGUCUGAUGAAGGAUUUCAGGAUCAAGUACUUCAUGUUGAAAGCCUUUGUGAUUAUAAUAAAUCAUUUGUGUGUGAAUAUCCGCACAAAGUCAGCCGCUGGUUUAAA